GGAGAGGAAAGCUAUUGAGCCUCAGCUGAGUGGAGCUGACCCUUGCCUGAGACUCUUCUAAAGACCACCUCGAGAGGCAGAGUUCUUUUCCCCCCACCCCAGCUCCUCUUCUUCCCCUUCCCACUACAAUGCAUUCUUGACUGGCAGCAUCCGGACUCUAGGCAGCCCCAGAGAACCGAACCAAGCCAAAGAAAAGAGGAUCAGAGCCAAGACACUCUCUGGCUUGGGAUCUCCGAUGCCGGUCUUUCUUUGAGGAAAUCUGAGAGAGAGAGCGAGAGCAGAAUUGGGGUGGGGGGGUUUGUGGAAGGGAAUCCAACCAGUCCCCAAGAUGGACACUUCUGGGCACUUCCAUGACUCUGGGGUGGGAGACUUGGAUGAAGACAUGAAGUGUCCCUGUCCAUCUUCGGGGGAUGAGCAACAGCAGCAGCAGCCACAGCAGCCACCACCACCGGCCCCGGCACAAUUGGUCCCCCAGCAGCAGCAGCAGCAGCAGCAGCAGCAGCCCCAGACACCGGCACCCCCGUCUUCGAGGCCCCUCACCCAGCUCAACCAACUCCAGAGCCAACCUCUCCAUCAUAGCCUGCUGCACUCUUCUCCCACUGCUUUCAGGGCCCCACCUUCCUCCAACUCUACCACCAUCCUCCACCCUUCCUCCAGGCAAGGCAGCCAGCUCAAUCUGAAUGACCACUUGGUUGGCCAUUCUCCAAGUUCAACAGCUACAAGUGGGGCCGGAGGAGGCUGCAAGCACAGACAGGCGAGCCCACUGGUCCACAGGAGAGAUAGCAACCCUUUCACGGAGAUAGCCAUGAGCUCCUGCAAGUACAGUGGUGGGGUGAUGAAACCCUUGAGCAGGCUAAGUGCCUCCAGGAGGAACCUCAUAGAGUCCGAGCCUGAAAGCCAACCCCUCCAGAUCUUUAGCUCUAGCAAUCCACCCGAGAUUGUCAUUUCUUCCCGGGAGGAUCACCAUUCCAAUCAGACCCUGCUCCAUCAUCCAAAUGCCACCCACAACCACCAGCACUCCGGCACCAGCAGCAUCAGCACCUUCCCCAAGGCCAAUAAACGGAAAAACCAAAAUAUCGGCUAUAAACUGGGACACAGGAGAGCCUUGUUUGAAAAGAGGAAACGGCUGAGUGACUAUGCUUUGAUUUUUGGGAUGUUUGGCAUUGUUGUUAUGGUGAUAGAGACCGAGCUCUCUUGGGGGUUAUACUCAAAGGAUUCCAUGUUUUCUUUGGCCCUGAAAUGCCUUAUCAGUCUGUCCACCAUCAUCCUUCUGGGUUUGAUCAUCGCCUACCACACACGGGAAGUCCAGCUCUUUGUGAUUGACAAUGGCGCAGAUGACUGGAGGAUAGCCAUGACCUACGAACGCAUCCUCUACAUCAGCCUGGAGAUGCUGGUUUGUGCCAUCCACCCCAUCCCUGGUGAAUAUAAAUUUUUUUGGACAGCCCGCCUAGCCUUCUCCUAUGCUCCUUCCAGGGCUGAGGCUGACGUGGACAUCAUCCUUUCUAUCCCUAUGUUCCUCCGGCUGUACCUGAUUGCCCGAGUCAUGUUGCUGCAUAGCAAGCUCUUUACAGACGCCUCCUCACGGAGUAUUGGGGCACUAAACAAAAUCAACUUCAACACUCGCUUUGUCAUGAAGACCCUCAUGACCAUCUGCCCCGGGACAGUGCUCCUAGUCUUCAGCAUUUCCCUGUGGAUUAUUGCCGCCUGGACAGUACGAGUCUGUGAAAGGUACCACGACCAACAGGAUGUAACUAGUAACUUUCUGGGUGCAAUGUGGCUUAUCUCCAUCACAUUCCUUUCCAUUGGGUAUGGGGACAUGGUUCCUCACACAUACUGUGGAAAAGGUGUCUGUCUUCUCACUGGCAUCAUGGGUGCCGGCUGUACUGCGCUGGUGGUGGCUGUGGUCGCCAGAAAAUUGGAACUCACCAAAGCCGAGAAGCACGUUCACAACUUCAUGAUGGACACUCAGCUCACAAAACGGAUAAAGAAUGCUGCAGCGAAUGUCCUUCGGGAAACGUGGCUUAUCUAUAAACACACCAAGCUGCUAAAAAAGAUUGACCAUGCCAAAGUCCGGAAACACCAGAGGAAGUUCCUCCAAGCUAUCCACCAGCUGAGAAGCGUAAAGAUGGAACAGAGAAAACUGAGUGAUCAAGCCAACACCCUGGUAGACCUUUCCAAGAUGCAGAAUGUCAUGUAUGACUUAAUCACAGAGCUGAAUGACCGGAGUGAAGACUUGGAAAAACAAAUUGGCAGUCUGGAGUCUAAACUAGAACAACUCACUGCCAGCUUCAAUUCCCUUCCCUUGCUCAUUGCGGACACCUUGCGUCAGCAGCAACAACAACUCCUCUCAGCCGUCAUCGAGGCUCGGGGAGUGAGUGUGGCAGUGGGGACCCCCCACACGCCACUCUCCGACAGCCCUAUUGGGGUCAGCUCCACUUCUUUUCCCACCCCUUACACAAGCUCAAGCAGCUGCUAAAUAAAACUCCCCACACAGGAAGAAUUGCCGACAGGUCUUAAGAUGCAAGUCAACUUUCUCCUGGUCUUUCUGUCAUCACAGGAACAUUCAGGCUGAGUGGACAUAAAGAAUAAGAUUGAACUAAUUAACAAACUCAUGUUCAUUCAGAGUGCUUGGUUCGAUAUGCCUUGAAAUCAGAAAUCGAAUCUCUGUCUAGGUGCCUAUAUAUGGAAGAGGAAAGGAGAAAUGAAAGGAAGCCAAACAUUUGACAGGGCCUUUGUUGCAGUGUUUGGUGGAGAACAGAAAUCCAUGCUCAAUCUCAGGUCUUCAAUUGUUGUCCGGGUGGGGAGGAUAAAGAGGGAGAAGGAAAAGGAAAGGAAGAAGGGAGGGAGGGAGGAGAGAGAGAGAGAGAGAGAGAGAGAGAGAGAGAGAGAGAGAGAGAGAGAGAGAGAGAGAGAGAGAGAGAAAAUUAAAGGAGCCAAUGGAGAAGCAACUAGAAGAAAGUAUUCCACUCCACUGAAUAUCAGCCUUGGGCUUUGUGUAACUCACAACUAAGGGCCUCAUCUACUAUUCUGCUCUGCUCUUUUUCUCUAGUUUAACAAGGUCUCUCUAUAUGACAAAGGUAGAAGAAAGAAGUUCAUAAUUUGCCAAAACAGAGAUACAGUCAUAGGGCAUCAAAACUCUUAUCCCUUACAUAGGUCAUAAAACACAAUGCAUGGUAAAAUGAGGUCAUGUAAGACAGAUUUUUCCAAUCUAAUAUCAAUAAUUAUUUAUCAAAACCAACCAACCAAUUCCUGCCCAUGUGCCCCUAAAUUCAAGCCAUUUCUUCUCCAUUGAUGAACUGUUUUGUUCAGACAUCACUUUUCAUCAACUAUUCUUUCUUUGUGGGCAUAGGUCCCCUCCAAACCUUACAGGUUGCUUUUGCCAUAGGUAUGUACAGUGCCUGUGAUGAGUUGAGUGCCAACUCAAAAAUAUUGGCUUUCUGGAGCUAAAAAUAGUGUUCUGAAAAUAGCUGCUUUGGUAGAGUUUUAUUCUGCUAUCCUAACAACCAGAGAUUCAUUGGCAUUAUAUGAUGAUGAGUACACCACAGAUAUUUAUGGUGUCAUGGCUCAGUUUGAGUUUCAGAUGGGAAGUCUCACUGAUCUUGUGCCUACCCUCCUCAAGUUUCCUAAACUAGCUGAGUGGUAAAAGGUUUCCUCAUCCCAGAUUCUGGGACUUUGGCAGCAUUUAUGAUGAGAGGCAUGUACAGCAGCUCCUAAGUGUAGUCAUUAUAAGAUGGUAGGUUUGGGGAAAGGAAGAUGGUUCAUAAAAGAAGUUCUUUGAGAAAAAAUGGAGGUGAGUGUUGACUAAUGUGGAUCAAUGAGUAUCUGCUUCCACUGCUGCUUUUUAAUCUUGAUACAAAACCAUGUGUCUCAAAAGACUGAAUACUUUAAAGGGGACUUUAGAACUGCUAGAAAGACCAGCAAGCCCUGAUCAAGCCCACUUCCAUGAAUGGUGAUGCCAAUUCCCAAAUCUUUUACAUCGCCCUAAUCUGACCACUUCAAAUUUUGCCAGAUGAAAAUAAUCUUGUAAUUUGCCACUUGAAUUCUGAAGGGUUUUCCCCACUACUAUAUGGUAUACUUCAUCUGUUUAAAUUCAAGCAAAAGAAUGCUAUCCCUCAGUGGAGAGCAGUUCUGCUGGGUUCUGAUAAAUUGUUACCACACUAAGGUAAGUUAUGUAAUUCACCCAGCUACAGAAAUUUGCUUCAGUCUAUUUCUGUCACACUGGGCAUGCUCUUCUAAAGUCUGUUAAGGAAGUCUUCAGUUGACACAGGUGGAAAUCUAUAGUCUGGGGCAGCUCUUGGAGGAAGCCCUGGUUAGUAGCCUGAUCUCUUCCUCCAUCCACAAGCCUUUGCUGGUUUCCUCUUCGAGACUCCUUUUAGCAUUGUCUGUUAGUUGAUUUUGCAUACCACAAAUACCAAAUUUGCUGCUGUGUUGUUUUGGUUUGGUUUGGUUUUUUAAUCUUUAUUCUUAUCGCUAUCAUGUGUACCAGGAAAUGCAGCAUGGCAUAGUAGAUGUGGCACUGGAGUUGGAGUAAGGAAGACCCAGGUCCAAAUCCCACCUCUGGCACUAGCUAUGUGACCCUGAGCAAGUCAUUAAUUUCUUUGCCCCUCAGACAACACCUUAAAUCUAUAAAAUUACCAGUGGGCUGCCAGUAGCAUUUAUAAAGGGAGUUUCCACACUAAAGAUAUCAUAGGUCUCUGAUGUCUCUCAUGCAUCUAUUUCGUUGAUGUUCCUAGAGCAAUGUUUGUUGCUAUUUUCAAUUAAAAUUCAGCAGAACAUAAAAAUGGAUUUUUAAACAGAUGAAAUAACCAUGGAGUUACUUUGUGAUUUUCAUAUUUCACCAAACAGUGGCUGAUAAUUAUUGUAGAAAUCUACUUGCCCAAUCUGGACUCCUAAACCAUAGUCCUCAGCUACUGGGUCUCAAUUUAACCCUUUCAUUGUUAAUUCAACUCCCUCCCAACAUGUCUGUGUGUAGAAUGAUCCAGUUUCAUAUUAAUUUCAGAUGUUGCAUGUCAAAUUAUCUACCCCUCAUUCACCCCCCCAAAAAAUUUAUACACAGACUAUUACUUCUCAGUCUGUGAAUAAUUCUUUAUGCUUUACAUGACCUUUGACCAGUGAGAGACCUGUGCAGGCACUGAUGACAACACAAAUUUGUAACACCUUCUGGUUCAGGGGGGUGGUUUGGGUUGCUUCCAGUGAAAGUAGCCAUAGACACUCUGGAAACACAAGGGCAUUUAUAGCAUAAAUUGAACCUAUUGUAGUGCAAUAGAGAAGCAUGAUUUUUUAUCCUUGCCAAGUAAAGGCUCUUUAGCAGAUGAGUGUUCUGAUCUGCAUACUAAUAUUGCCCCGGUCCAAUUGGAAGAUUGCUUCUGUAUACUAACAUUGAAGAUGUCUGUUGGGAAACUGCACAUUCUCAUACAAGUACAGACAAGUCUUGAUGACUUAGGUACUGAAAAUCCAGUGUGCAGAUCAUUCAGGCUUUUUGUUUCUCUUUUUCCCAGGGUCCAUUUUCUGGUGUGCCACUGCUCAUUGGCAAUCCCUUCAUACCUUGGAUAUUAGGGAUAGGAGAACAGGUGACUUCCAAACUUUUCUUCUUCCCUCCUUGUUCCAAGAUUUGGUGGGUAGAAGAGGUUGAAUUGACCCUUCAAAAAUUGGCUGUACUUGAAAAAACACUAAGUCACCGGGUAGCUAAACUAAAAUGCAGGCCCAUCCUGCAUGGCUUUCCCAGUGGUGGAAUUUUUUAAUCUUUCUGAUAACUCAGUGACGAAUCCAAUAAUGCUGCUUUUCUCUAGAUCUUCUAGACAUCAGUAGGGCAGAGACAGAAAUGCCACAAUGGAUUGCUUAAGCCAUAUUAUGUACUGUAAAGUUAGGGGUGUACUGUGAUACCUUAGGUCCACUCAUCUCAGUGGAAUUUCAAAACAUAGCUCCAGUUGGUAGCCCAAACCAGACCAGGGGCCCUUUCCUCCUUAGGUCAAAGUUCAGAUGGAAACUGGUAUCUUUGUCUUAAAGAUAUCAUCUUUUGUUCUUCACCUAUACAUUUUCAUAAAUUGCCUCUCACCUGUUUUUGUCAUCUUCAUGACAUGUUAACUUCAUAAUGUUACCACAUCUGUAGGGCUGUUUAAUGCUGUCUAGAAUGCAACAGCAAGAGCAGUUGCAUCUGAGAAGACCACUAUUUUUCUGACCUUGACAGAGAUAUAGAGAUGGCAUAGCAAUAUUCUUCUGCAGCAGGCAGGAAGGAGCAGGAAAAAUGGAAAGAACAGUGGAAGAAAGAAAAUAUAUUAAAAGAUAGAUUUCCCCCCUCUUCUACUUGUUGUAGUCAUAACAAGCUAUUAAGUAAGAGAAGGAUAUUUGAGCUAGAAAGAGAAGAUUGGAAAUCAGAAACAAACCAGUUCUACUUCUUUGCUCUAAGUAACUUAACCAGUUAGUAUCCCAGUCCCUGUAUUGGUAAAUAUGAAUAUAAUGUUUAAUAUUCUCUAGGGCAAAGUAUUACACAGGAACUAAGUGUAAUCUCUGAGGUUCGAGCUAAUUAGCUGGCUAUGUUUGGUUUCCACCUGGUUUUUGGCACACUGAAAUGCAACAUAGCUAGGAAUCACUGAAAAUGGUGAUGGGGGGGGGUGUUAAAGCCAAAACAUUAAAAUCAACUCAAACGAGAAUCUGUAAUUAGUAAUAGAAUUGGUGGAAAGAAAAUUGGGGGCACUAAUGUGAAGUUCCAGGGCUUCUCUCCAUGAUCAUUUUGUAAAUCAAUGAACAGCUUAACCCCAAAUUAAGCAACUACUGAAUCCCCAAAGUAAACAGUUUCCUGUCCCACCAUGAUGCUGGGAAGUAAUUGUAAGACACUGCAAAGUAAUUACACUGCCAGGAGGUUGUGACUUUCCCAUCCAUAAUGUCCCCAGUUUCUACAAUUGUUCUUUUUUGUUUUUAAGGUUACCAGAACCGAUGCAAGUGAUAGUUAUCAUUCUGCUGUGCCUAUUUACUCCUUACUGUGUUAUGUUUCAGUACCUUAGACAGCAGCUUGGUUCAUUUAUUCCUAGGCAUCCCUCCCCCCUCCCCCUACCCUGCAUCUACUUGGUGACACUCCAGGCAUUCUUCCCCCUCCUUUUUUCUUGCUACCAACGUAAACAUUAUGGAAAUAGGAUCAUUGGUGCCAUUAAGAAAGCUAUAUAUAGUCAUUCUGUGGGGAUAUUCAUAUUAACUGUCUGUUUCUGAUAGUUGAAUAGCAGGCAAAAGAUAAUCAGCCUGAGUGUUACUAGGGAAGCAGCAGGAACAGAAAUCGACUUUAUGGCCUUGUCAAGGAUCAGAAGUGAAAUUCAGGUUUUUUCAAUGACAUGUACUGAUGAUUCCUUGAAAGAUCUCAAUCUAAUGGUAUAAAAAAAAUGAACUGGGAUCCCCUACCUUCACCCAGCUUCCCCUUAUACUUUUACUGGAAAUACACUAGCUUGAACUGGCAUUUCCUCUGAACACCCAUCAUCCAAUAGUCAACACAUGACCUCCAGAUCUAGGUGCCAAAUGCCCCUGAGACAUUUGUUUACAUAUCUGGGAAAUUCAUUCUGGAAAAUAGUCAUGAGCAAGGACCACAUAUUGAAAUAGAACAAAAGAAAGGAAGAAUUGGGCCUAGAAAAGCUGGUGGAAGAAAAGCACAAGCUUCAGCUCAAACAUCUAGUUAUAAUCCCAAAGAGAUGCUGACAUUUUCUAGAUACACACACACACACACACACACACACACACACACACAAAGCAGGAACAAAUCACACAGGAAUCUGAACAAAACAACUAACUUCCAGUUUUACAGCAGAAGGGGAAUAAACAUCCCCUGGUUUUGAACCUGUACAGGUUGUCUCAGUUUGUUCAUUUCACACAGGACCAAUCCAUUUCCCUCCAAAACAUUUUUAUAUGGCAAAGACUCCAUUUGGGUCCCAGAAACUCUAUUCUGCAUUGGUCACAAGUGAAAACAACAGAGAGCAGAAGAAUGAUAAUGGAGACAACAUUUCCUUUGCAAACUCAAAGAAACUCCUGUUUCUACUCAGAAUUAGACAAUAAGCUUCAACAUGAAUUUGCAUCUUGCCUCUGUACUGCUUGCUUCAAAAAAAGAUAGGAGAAAGCAUAAUAGUUUAUUUUAACUGAAAUAUAUUGCUAUAUUAUAAAUGAUAUUGUAACUUUCAAUUAAUAUUUUGUAUCAACCUAGUCUUUUAGCAGGUCAGAGUGUCCACCUGCUCUCCAAAUGACUGUUUCUGAGUACACAUCACUGUAACAAUUGCCCAACUUCUAGACAAAGAGUCUCAGUACAACUACCUUCACAGCUGCCAUACACUUCUAAUUCUCCAAGGUCCUUGGUGUCAGAGACAAAAGAACACUAUUCCUUGCUUAGAAGAAUUUAACCCCAAUUUUAACAAGCCAUUACAAAAGAUUUUGGAAAAGCCAUCUCUCUUGAGUAGCUCUAUGAAACCAUCUUCUGUUGCUCAGUAGUGGGGUGAGGGCUGGGGUUGGGGGAGGGGUGAACCUACUUACUACCUGUUUCCAAAAGCCCAAUUACACCAUCCAUAUCAGUCUCCAACUCAGCCAGUCAAUCUUUUUUUUUCCUGUGGACAUGCAGGAAAGCUAGCCAAAUUAGCAACAUUAUUUCUCUCUCCUGAGCUUCAGGAGGCUUUGAUUUCUGUGAAUACACCAAGGGGCCAUGUGAACAAGGAGAAUGAUGAUUCUCCAUUUCUGUGAGAACCGAGCCGGAGCCAAGCAUUGAAAAGCUACUUCUCUGGAGUUGGUGACAGCCUAAAGAUAGACAGGAACAAGGUUUGGAUGCCCUUUUAUUAAGGAAAUGGAGCGACUGGCAGCAGUGGAAUGGCAGGGGGAGGUAACAACUUGUAUAAUAUAUGCCAGCAGAAACAUUAGCUUUCUUCUCCUGCUACAUUUUACUCUGUGAAUAUUUUGUAACUGCUGGGGUGAAAAGGAGGGAAAAGGAAAAAUUCUGUAGGGAAGUUCAGUCACCUCCCUGAGCCUCAGUUUCCUCAUCUGUAAAAUGAAGGGCUUGGAAUAGAUACCUUCCUAGGUCCCUUCUAGUUCAAGAUCUCUGAUUCUAUGAGAUAUGGUUUCAAAUAGGAGAAAGACUCUAUAAUUGGCACACCCAUACACUUCAUCCUUCGCUUCCUCAACCUAAUAGUUGAGGCUCACCUGGAGAAUUGCUCUAAGCCCGAGACUCCCAAAGAAAAGUCUACAUCUAGAUGAAAUAUGGUGUGUCCGGAUUAACACAAAGGUUAUCUUCUUAAAACUGGUGAGCCUCCUCCCAGCAAAAAGGUCCAUUUAAUCUCAUCCUAUAAUCAAUGUAAUCAUGUUCUCUAUAUGUACCCUCAGAGUAAGUUUAACUGAGUCUCUUAUCUAUACUUUCCCUGAAUAUGAGUCACAAAUUCAAAAAUUCACACUAAUAUGUUAGUAGUACAAAACAAUAGCUCCUUCUUUAGAGAUGAGCUGCUAAAAAUAAAAUCCAGCUUCCAUUUUUUGAGCUUCAGUUUAUCUGCAUCUUGAAGCACCACUCCAUACUUUAUUCAAGCUAUUAAAAUGAAAAAUAAUGUCGCCAUCUCCAGUUGAAGUCUGAUGUAUCUGAGAUUUAACACUUGUGUAUGUUUUAUUAUUGUUGAGAAAUUCUCCCAGUGCCUAGGCAGUUCUCAGGUCCUAAGUUAGGUACCUGUGUAAUUGCAUUCCCUCUUCCAGGCCACUGGGGUUCUAUCUACUGUAUGUACUAAGUUUCCAACUUGUUUGUAUAAUGGAAAUUAGUUCAUCCUCAACUUUAUAAUUGACUGAUGAAUGUACUGGUGAUUGUCAAUUCACCUCUAAAAUACCUUUGUGCCAUUUGCUCCCUUCACCCUUUCCUUUGAGCACCUCUAGAACUGACUAAUAUUUUCCUAUCUCUACACAAAUAAAUUGUCACCAAAUAAAGAAAAUGAAAUAUCUACACAAAUAAAUUAAGGUUUGGGACUUUCCCCCAAACUUUAAAGUCAUUUGAUAAAUGAAAGAAUGAGUAUGAUCUGUGCUGUUUUUAGUGAAAUUUACAUAGCUCCUAGAACAGCAGUCCCAAAGUAGAUAGAGCCUCAACCUUAAAGACCCCAUAAAUGGGUAGAGUGGCAAACCGUAUUCCCCCUCUCUCAACUCUUGAUUAGAAAAUGCUGUAAAGGCUGACCAAAUCAGUGCCAGUCCUGCCUGGAACUAACUAAAUUAAAUAGUCCCCAUUCUCUUGAUCUGGUUUUCUAGACAUAAUCACAAGGGGAAACAUGAAUGCUUUAUUUCUCCAGUUUGAUGCCUAUUAGAUUAUAACUACAUUGAAGUAAACAAAAACAUUUGUAAUUAUUUGAGGGCAACAGGACACAACCUUCCCAUUUUAAUCACCAAAUGCUAAUAAUUAGGGUGCUUGAGCCACUGCCAAGCAUUUUCCAAAAUGCUUUUCACUUUCAAUGUGGUUCCCCUCUCCCUUUUUAACAUUAUUUGGGUAUCAGUAUAAGGAUACCUGGGUGACCUAUUAAAUCAGGCCCCUCAUAAAGCUACACGGCAUCCUGUGUAGUCCAUUUAAAAUGGCCUACAGCUGAGUGUAAGUCAGAAACCAACCUUGAGCUGUUUAUUAUUUUUAUUCCCUUCUCGGAGUACUCGGCAUGUGGCCAAUGAGAGCUGUCCUUUGCUAGCAGUAACUAAGGAGAACAAACAGAUAGGUGAAUUUCACCAUUCCACACCUGUAAGUCAUCUCUCUCUAAGUCAAUUGUGUUCAUCAUUACCCCAAGCUGGAGCACUCUAAAGGUGGAGAAGGGAAAAUCCAAAUUCUAAUGUCAUUGCCAUAGCUUGAUAUGUACCCAGAAACAGCUAUGUCCUACAUUAAUGGCUUUAAUCUGUUCAUUGUAAAAAGUGCCUUGGACUUCAAUCUAAAGAGGUCGGUAUAAAUAUGUACAUAUGCGUGUGUGUAUAUGUAGGCAAAUAUACAUAUUUAUACAUACAUAUAGACACACACAUAUACCUGCAGUCAUAUAUAAUAUAGUCAUACAUAUAUAAUAUAAAAACUUCAUAAUCUACCAUAUUUCUCUUCGCAACUCCAUUUCUUUUGUCUGGUCCUAUGUUCAUUUGUUGAGAGAGACCUCGCCAUAGAGAGGUCC